AUGCGAAAGACAUCUGUUUGGAUUCUCGCACUCCUUAUUAGAUGCGUGCUAAUUUGGCUAGGGACUUACAUAAGUGAUCCACCGGCGUUAUCGAUGACAGAUAUCGACUAUCUCGUUGUUUGGGAUGGAGUAUGCCUGGCACCAGUUCCCAGUGAGCGGCCAACAUAUCGCUACUCUCCAAUCUUUAAGGUAAUAUGUUGGCCUAUGUGCAGGUGGCCCACAUAUGGCAAAGUUCUUUACUCACUAUCAGACCUUAUAUUUGCCUUACUCGCGUACAGAAUUACACGGCAUAGUCAAAGAGUACAUCACCUCUGGCUGAUGAACCCGUUCGUCAUUGCCUUGUCUGUGCGGGGAAGCUUCGACAGCAUUGUCCAAACGCUGGUGGCAUGGAUGCUAUUGACUAUUAAGCAGCAUAAGUAUUUGAUGUCAGGCCUUCUGCUUGGUCUAUGUAUUCACUUGCGCAUAUAUCCCAUAAUCUUUACCCCUUUCCUUCUGCUCUAUGCCUUAUUAGAUAGGAAGGCUGAUCAAAGGGAGCCGCUGGAUGGAAUUUUUCGGGCAGGAUUGCUUUUAUGUUGCACGCUGAUAUCAUUCUUUGCAACCACCCUGAUAUCGAUGUUGAUAGAUGAUGGAUACUUGUCAUCAGGAUUGCUUUAUCAUGUCUCUGGACGUGUUGAUCACAGGCACAACUUGAGCAUUUUGUGGGCCGUCCAGCUCGCAUGCUCGAAGGGCAAAGAAGUUUACUGCUGGCCAUUUGCAAAGCUAUUUCAAACAGUGAUCUUAGCCGCUCUCAUUAUCCAACGCGUUCUAGCGUUAAGAACGUUAGAACCAAUUGAGAAUGAAGAGGCUCAAUCUGUGCUCAAGCGAAGAUACUUCUAUCAUCAACUUCUCAGUGAUCUAGACCAGGCCUGCCGGGCAUUCGUGGCAUUUAAUUCAGUUGUUACAGCCCAGUAUUUUUCGUGGACAUUUGCCACUUUCACGCUCUCGCCCAACGCUGUUCUCAACAAAACAAGUUAUGGCAAACUGGCCACUUUUGUUGGUAGUCUUGGUCUUUCCUUAUGCAUUUCCGGAGCACUAGAGUUCUCCGGAAAAACGAAAUAUUUAUCAUUGAUUACCCUGGCAAACACUGCCGCGAUGGGCUCUCUUCUAUUCUUGUAA